AUGCAGCCACGUCUGGCUGUUGGUAAUCAGGUGACGAAACGUGUGGAACCGAUCCGGCAUGACACAACAGAUGAUUACUACGCUGCGUUCGUGGACCAACUAGUUCUAGAAUUUCUUUGCAUGGAGCUAAAUGAGCCACCUGCUGCACAGCUAGCCAAAAAGGCCGGCGAUGGAGCUCAGCUCCAGUUCAUCAGUAGCAUGUUCGAUCGCAAUCCCAUUUUAGAGCAGCUCGCAACGAGUGCUGUAUCCCAACGACUUGGUGCCACCACACAGCGAAACUUGUCUAGUCAACACGAAAAUCGUGAGGAAUCCACCAUUCCUGUGGGAAGAACUCAGCAGCUUCGUCUGCUACUUCUCAUUCGCGAGGUUUUAGAACGCCGUAAUAUCUUGCGCCAAAACGUAACUACACAGUCGAAGCAAGAUGGGUCAAUGCGUACACCUACCACUCCUCCCAGUGUGCUUCAGCAAGAAAUGAAAUCAACUAGUGUUUCGGGACACUGCGAACAUUGUGGGAGUGAAAAGCAGCCUACAUAUCCAACAAACUUGACACAAAACGUGCCUAUCGCACAGAAUCCAAGAGGUCUGAUCACCCAUCACGAAAGCGAACUCAUCAGAGCGCCGUCCAAAGUCAGCACCACACCAGUCACUGAGCAGCAACGACAAGUUGUUCGUACAUCCAAAAUCACGUUUCCAUUAGCCAACGGCUGGGCAACUCCUUUCACGUUAGAUUCAUUUUCCCGUUGUCCGCAUUUUUUAGAGGUGAAAUUCCUUUGUGGUGUUCAUACAGGAUUAUCAAUCUCAUUGAAGAUGGAUCCGAUUAUCACACGCAUUUGUGCUGGUGGCCGUGUCAACCAUAAUCUUAUCGCUUUUCAGGAAAAAGCCACUGAAAGCCAUGUCACUAUGUCCGUAAAAAUUUACAUUCCCUCACCUCCACCUGGAGUGAAGUGUAGCUAUGUUGGACGUCUUAUCGGGCCGAAUGGAAUAACGAUUAGGGAGCUUCAACUCGAGACGAGCUGCCACAUCGCUGUCCGCGGUAGGGGAAGUAUCAAGGACAGCAAACUUUUUCGUAAAAUGCGCUACAAACCAGGAUUUGGACAUCUCAAGGAGGACACACACGUGCUUGUCGAGGCAACAGCGUCUUCUCGCACGGAAUGUCGUUCUCUUAUCGAAAAGGCGAAGACGCGCAUAUUAGAGAUGUUUACACCGGAAUUCGAUGCCUUAAAACGCAAGCAGCUCAUUCAUCUUGCUAUGCUGAAUGGAACCUAUAGACAGACUAUGCCUUCCAGUCGACCUACGUGA